AUGAAAUCAACUGUGAACGUUUCCUUUACAUUGCAAGUUAUAAAAUUAUUUAAGAAGAAAAAACAAUUAUCAACAUCCAUUAAAAUAAAACGAUCUGAUGGUCGAGUACAUUUAGCAAAAGUUGUUCAACUAUCACCAGAGUCGAAAUCAGUCGGUGUCGAAUGGAAUGAGAAUGGCGAAGUGAAAGGCAAAGAAAUUCUACUCGAUCUUGUCUUCGAGCUUAAUAGUGAGUUACGUCCAAACGCAGUAUUUAAACAACCAGCACCAAUUACAAAUCAACAAGUUCGACCAACGGCAGCCGUUGCAACACUUCCUUCUAGUGGUUUAUCAUCUAGUCGACUAACAUUAGACAUCGAUACACUAGAACGUGAAUAUAAUUCACGCCCACCACCGACGCUUCCGCCACAAUUGAUGCAAAAAAUCCAGCAACAUCCAGUGUCUAUUCAAACAACUUCCACGCCACUUCCUCCACCACCACUUAACGGAACUGUUACAUCCACUUCGCAUCAUCCAAAAACAAGCUAUAUACCAUCCGGAACAAAUAAUUCAUCAGCCGUUCGUUCGAUUCGUCGUCCUGCUGCUCCUCAAUCAACAGCACCGUCGAUAUCGAAAAUAGCAACACCUUCCUCUCCCAUUCCACCUCCAACUCCCACUGUUGAACAACAACCACCUCAGCCACAACUACAGAUUCCACCACCAGCAAAUAACAAAACUGAACGUCGUCUUUCUCGUCUUCAUGUUGUACAACAAUCAUCGUCAACAAACACAAACAGCAAUGUUGCACCGCCUGUGCCUGAACCACCUUCAUCCAUUGGCCUACACGGUCCGUUUGGACAGAUGAUUCUCGAUUAUCGUUCUACAUUAACUUAUUGUCCCACAACAAAUGCAAAUAUGAAUCAACAACAAAUCAAUCAAAAAGAUCUACGUAUUUGCGUUGCUGUUCGAAAACGUCCAUUGAAUAAACGUGAAAUUGCGAAGAAAGAUAACGAUGUGAUUACCAUUCCAAAUAGAGAUCAUUGUCUCGUUCAUGUGCCAAAAUUGAAAGUUGAUUUAACUAAAUAUCUAGACAAUCAAACAUUCAAAUUCGAUUAUACUUUCGAUGAAAAAGCUUCCAAUGAAUUGGUUUAUCGUUGUACAGCGGCACCAUUAAUCGAUACAGUUUUUAAUGGUGGAAAUGCAACUGUCUUUGCUUAUGGUCAAACAGGAUCUGGUAAAACAUUCACAAUGGGUGGUGAUUUACAAUCGGCUAAGACGGAUUAUUCACAUGGUAUUUAUGCUCAAACAGCGCGUGAUAUAUUUCAUCGUCUAUCGUUACCACAAUAUCGAACAUCUGUGGAAACUUUUGUUACGUUCUAUGAAAUUUAUUGUGGCAAAGUGUUUGAUUUACUCAAUAACAAAAAACGUCUCCGUGUCCUAGAAGAUCAAAAAGGUCUUGUUCAAGUAUGUGAUCGAAAAGAGCAACAAGUCAAAUCUGUUCAGGAUGUAUUAAACAUCAUUCAACAUGGUAUGAGUAUUCGAACAUCGGGUACAACAGCUGCCAACGCUAAUUCUUCUCGUUCACAUGCGGUUCUUCAGAUUAUUCUUAAAACAGCGUCAACUGCUUCGGUUACUUCAAGUGUAUCAGGAUCGUCACGAAAUAACAAUCAUAAUAAUCCAGCUGUAUUACGUCGUCCAAUGAAAGAAGUUGGUAAAAUGUCAUUGAUCGAUUUGGCUGGUUCGGAACGCGGUAAAGAUACGGCAAGUGGUGAUCGUCUUCAACGAAUGGAAGGCUCAGAAAUCAACAAGUCUUUACUAGCAUUAAAAGAAUGUAUUCGUGCAUUGGGUCGUGGUGAUGGUAGUCAUGUACCAUUUCGUGGUUCAACAUUAACAAAAGUCUUACGUGAUUCGUUUAUUGGUGAUAAAUCCAAAGUGUGUAUGAUCGCAAUGGUUUCACCAACACAUUCCGAUGUUGAAAACACGAUGAAUACAUUACGCUAUGCAGAUCGAGUGAAAGAACUACGAGCUGGAAAUAAUGGUGCGGGUUUGUCCAAUGAUGACGAUGAAAUAAAAAUGGACGGCAUGUCAAAAGCGUUGCCAAUAGAUGAUGACAAAGAAAAUAAGCGCCGUCAUCAUCACAGUCAUUAUCCUCAUCAUCAUGAUGGAUCUGCAUCGUCAAAUGAUAGUACAAGUUCAUCUUCGAACGAUCUAUAUGACGACGAAGAACAAGAUGAAGCAUCCGCUUCAUAUGCAGCACAAGUUGAACAUUUACAAGAAUAUGAAGACGCUUUGUUCGAUUCUUGCCAAGAUGUCCUUACGAAUAAAGAGCCCAUAUUAACGAAACAAUUGCGUGCAAUCGUUAAACAAGCACAAGAGACGGUCGACUAUGAUCAAGAAAAAUUUGUUAAUCAAAUGCGAGAAAAUUUACUUCAACGUCAACAAGCAUUGACUGAAUUACAAACACGCUUACAAGUAUUCGCCGACUGUCUUCAGCAAGAAGAACAAGUUGCUGCAGCACAGAGAAAUAGAAAACAACAAUCAAAUGGAACUAUACAUUAG